AUGGAGAUCAAGACUUGUGCACCUGAUUAUUUCGCCAAUAUUAUUGAAUCUUUACCAGCCAGGCUGUUUACAAAGAACUCUAUUUUCCUCAGUAACCGGUGCCCUUUCGAGAGACUUCGAUCCAAUGUUAAUCACAUUUCACGAGAAAGUACUGAACUCUACGUGGAGAAAUGUGAUGAUGAUGUUAUUCCUAAUUCUCUUAGUGUUGGCACGCUUUCCCCGAAGGUGAAAUACAUAGAAUGGGUCGCUGAGGUUUAUGCCGAUUCUCCAGAUCUUUUUCAAGCUCACAUCAUGCAUCAACUCAAGCGUGCUUGUGAAUUAAUUAACAACGAUUUUAUUUUUACAAUUACGAUGCAAGACGAGAGUUUAAGUUCGCUCGUAAGGAUCAUCAUGAAGGACCAACUAAAGUUCAAAACGGCUGACUUCUUUCAUAACAAGACCCUGAGAGUGUAUGAGACGGACAUAACCGCAAAAUCCCAACUUUGAAAUACUCCACUCACCCUAUCCUGCUUUAAGACAUUUCAAACCUGCUUUGCUGACUCGUCACCAGUCUUUAUUCUUCUCUUUUGCACCAGCGAGUGCCGAUCGUGUUGGGUUGUGGUAGCGUUAUUUUCAAUGUAGCUGAGAAAGUUGUUGAUGAUCUUAAUGUGGCCUUUCUUGGUGCCUCUGCAAGGUAUAUGUAGUACAUGUAUUGAAAGAAACAUUCUUACUCCUUUGGCAAGGGACUGUCAACUUCCUUUUAAGAUGUACAGUCAGUAUUAAUCCUUUGGCUCCAAUGAGUGACUAAGGCAGAAUUUCUCCUUACAAUAUCAAUACAAUAUCAGGUAUGCAAGUAAUGAGAAUAAAGAAAAAUACCAGUCAAGAAAUUCUGAGUUCAACCACUACCAAAUUCUCUGAACUAACAUCACAAGAAUUUUAUGGCAGACAGUAGGGAGAGUUGCUUAUAAGAACCUUGCUAAGAUUCUUAUUAAGAUUCUUAUCACAUCUGCCUUAUCGCAAGUAAACCACUCAAAAGAUCCAUUAUAUCCACGUGUUGGGUACUUUAAGAAGACACCUCUGACAGAAACAGAGAGGUAAUCCUUUCGUAUUUAUCUAUGAAGUUGUGACAUACUAAAUCCUCCUUUUCUGUCUCCCGAACUUUGACACUGAUUUUAUCAAGCAAUCAACAGGGAUUGAAAUACUUGAGGAAGCUUGCCAUAGAAAUUCUGAGGUUCUUAAGUAUGAAGGUUUUAUAUGAUACUGUAAAAACCAUCCCUCGACCCAGGCCGCCUCGUCAACACUAGUUAUUUUGCGCUCUGCAUGCUAAUUUAUUAUUCAGUCUGCGAGUCACAUUGUUCGAGUUAGUUAUCAGUUGUCCGUUGUCAGUCAAGUUUCGCAGUCAAAUUUCGCUUCUACGGCCCUUAUCCCGUCACGUCUGGUACGUUCUUUAUUCUAGUUGUGUUUGCUUAUUAGUUUAUGCUUCCUUGUGUUCGAUUUCCCCAAGUAAUUUUAUUUUAUUCAUCUAUUUAGAAACCACAUUGGCAAUUACGUAACUAUGGUGAGACAUUAAAUCGAAGUGAAAACCUAUUGCUGGUGUGCGUCGUCUAUAGAUACUACAUUUACAGCUGGUUUGUGAUAAGCAUUUUUUUUAAUUACAAUAUACAUGCGUGUCAUUCAAAAUUCCAUGUUAAUAUAUUUUUGUCCAAUUUACUAAGAUCAGAAACAUUCAAUAGAGUUUAACGCAUUCAAAUUGAAAAUUUUUACCAAUAUAAGGAUAGCUACAUUCUGUUUUAUAUUUAGUUGACAGAACAUGCAAAUACUGAAUUAAAAAAGGAUGAAGUAUAUAUGCUAUGGGUUGCAUCACAGACAAGCCUUCCAGCUGCAAAAGCAAAAUUUAUUAUGUUACUACCUACUUGUGGUAUUAAAGCAUGUGCUAAAUAUCAGUUUCUAGAGGAGAAUGAUGAACAGUGCAGAAGCCUAUGUGUACAGAAACCUGGAACUGCUGGCUUUUAUGUCUUACAUGUUACAAGAAACAGCACCAAGUUUUCAGCUAGAACAGCUUAUUAAAGGAAUAAUAGGUUGAGCUCCUGACUAGCUUGAUUUUAUGGCCACUGUGAGUGUACUGUUGUACAAGAAGAUGGAAGUCAAGUACUUCCGGUGUGUGUGUGAUAUAUGGUUAUGUGAUGAAUGCCAAUGCUGAGAGCUGAACCUUGUCCCAAAAACUCAUGGUAUGGAACACUCCAAUCGUAAGGUAUCAUUUCAAUAACUACAGGCAGUAUUUAAAAAACAAGAUAAGCAAAAAGUUGUAACAGAUUGAAAGAAAUAUCAUUUUUACUUUAUCUUUCUUUUUAGUGAAGCAAUGACUUCACCCUAACAACAUCAACAGGGACAGUGGAAUAUAAAUUCCUGAAGCGUGGAUGCCCACGAUCAAAAACACAACAACCGGAGAGACGUACGACAGCGGACUGCCGAGGAUCGAAACGCGCCAAUCACAGCUGUGGAAAAAACAACCAGUUACAGCGGAGCAUCCUGCUUUAUAAGAAUGCCCGAAACCUGUCGAUCUUAUCGCCUGAUGAAGAUUGGCAGUAUGCAGUCGAAACGUCGCGAUGCACAUCAUAAGGGACGACAUCAUGUGACAAACGUUAAUACUUUAUUAAUAAGACUUGAACUAAAAGUUGUAACGGACUGAAAAAAUAAAUUUUACUUCAUCUUUCUCUCUAGGGAAGAAAAUAUAUAAUUUUAUUCUUGAAACAUCACAAGCUUCAAAUUUGCCAAAUGUGAACCUUCCAUAUUUUUUUUUCUUCAUAAAAACAACCAACCCC